GAUACUAUGUUACUUCUUGAACCCUUAGAAGAAGCUACAAAGCACCUUUCAGCAUCAUCAUAUCCAACAAUGGGUGAUGUUUGUUUAGUCUUUGAAGGUAUCCAGGUGUAUUUAAAUGAUCAAAUAAGAGUGGAAGGUUUCACGCAGGAUGAAAUGGCUUCUUCAAUACUUGAAAAAAUUGAUAAGUAUUGGCAAACUAUGGAUC